AUGGGGGGAGCACUCCGCCCGCGGGGGAACGAGGCGCGGCUGACACCCGACAAUGAGAUCAUCGGCGUGUGCCGAUUCGGAGGUCUGGGAGGGAGGUUCGCCAACUACGUGGGCAAGCUGCCGGACGACCAGUUUGAUCUCAUAAUGGAUUUACUCCUCGACAAGGACAAGGGCAUCGGACUCAACUUGGCCUGCUACCUCAUUGGCAGCAGCGUCAACUACACCAACAGCCCCCAGUUCCUCACCGCCGCCUGGGAGAACCCGCUCCAUCCCCGGCUUCCGCGUCCAGCCAAACGGGCCGCGUUGGAGGGGUGGUGGACGCAGGGCCACAAGAACGAGGGGUGCAACUACAGCCCUGAGAAGCUGACCACUCUUAUCCGGCUCCUCACAGCCACCUUAACGAGACUCAAGCUGCCGACAAAAGUCGCGGGGUUUGACAGUUUCGUCGGCGCGACUCUCCAGUACACGUUCAAGUUCCCUGCUGCGUUGAAGGCCGGCCUGUUUCGGCUGAAUGUGCAUGGGUACAUAAACCCGCCGCCCAGCACGGCAGACACUCAGCAGUACAUGGAAGGUGUGAUGGUGAGCAUGCACCGCAUGGCGACCGGACUAGGGAAGGAGGUGUGGGUGUCGGAGGUGGGGCCGAUGUGGGUGAGCGGGAAUGAUUUCGGUGUGAUGCUGUUCACGGCGCGGCAGAUAGUGGAGACUGUCAACAUCAUGGGGGCUUCGGCCUGGAUUUUCUGGCAGGCUGUGAGUGGGGUGGGAGGGAACAACCCAGACGCGUUUCUGAAAUGGGGGCUAUUGGCGGUCAGGAUCUACCGGCUGAACGACACAGAAGUCAAGCCGUUGGAUCUGGUGAUCUCCAAGAAGCUCUACAUGCUGCAGCAGUUUGUGCGUGGGGCGCCGAGAGGAAGCCUGCCUUUGCGAAUCCACACAUCGGACGGGUGCCAGCACUGCAUUGCCGCCUUCUUCCACCCCGACCAGCACUUCGUUUCGAUUUUCAUCGUCAACCAGCGCGACACAACACACACAGCGACAUUUUCAUUCGAGGAUUUCGUGCCGUUUGACGCGGGGCAGGAGUGUGUGUUGGAGACGUAUCGCACGUCAGCGACGGAAAAUAACACGCUGGUGGCGACUCAAAGUUACACAGACCUGCCAGCUUUGAUACAGGUGGCGGCGCUGGGCAGCUCGAUGACUUCUGUGGUGCUGCGGAAUGUGGACCCCGCCGCUGCAUCAGUACUGCUGGCUGCAGGGUUUGACGCGGGUCAGGCGGGUGUGGUGCGCACGUCAGCCACGGAGAACAGCACGCUAUCCGGAGGGAGCUACUCCGAUGUACAGGUGGCUGCGCUGGCCUGGUCUUUUGCAUCUGUGGUGCUGCACAAGUUGGCUGGCCCUUGCAUCCUGCAGCAAUGGUGCUGGUUGGAGAGUUACACAAGGCAGAGCCGCUCACAAGUGCUGCGUGUGCUGCGCAAAGUGCACACCACGCGUAUUGGCAUACAUAGUGAUGAUGGCAUGGCAUUGGUCGAGAGAGCAGAGCUGCUCUUUAAAGCCGAGUCUACAAGUGGCUGCACUGGGCUAUAUGAAUCCUGUGUAGCGAUGGCAUGA